AUGGCUUCUUUCCGACUGCAAGGAUUCCAAUCUAUCCUGCGUGGCAACUCGCGUCUGCUGCGCACUCCUCAACGUCGCUGGGCGCAGGUUCACGAUGUGCGCUUCCUAGCCUCUCACCACGACCCCAAGUAUGUGCAGGACAAGUAUCGGUCGAAGCUGGAUCAGAAGGCCAAAGAGGAGGGUCAUGGGUCAGUCGAGUCGUUGAAGGAAGCCUACAACGACAAGAUCCAAAACCUCCGCCGUGAAGCAUCGACCGUCGCAACCCCAGAGCCCAGCUCUCCGAUGUCCAGCUCCGCAAUCCCAGGCACGCCUCCCCCAUUCCAAGCCCCUCCUCCUCCAGGUCAAUCGAAGACCGAAAAGGCCGCACGCAGCGUCUCCGGCAGCAAAACCCCCAUCAAGCCUCUCAGCUCAUACCUGGAGCUCGACAAGUUCCGUGACCUGCCUCCCAAGGAGAUCGAAGCCCUCUGGCGCCUUCGCCAUGCCAACACCGCCACAUCCAUCUGUGCCGUCAUAUCCCUCGAAACAUACCAGCGCAUUGCUGCGGCCGCACGCCAAAACCCGCAAUUCGUCCUCCCGGUGCCGGUCCAACAAACCGUCGAAGGUGAAGUAGAAGGCCAAACUGAGACUCAGAAUGCCGCGGAAAUUCACUUCCUGCAGUGGGGUUUCCAUCCUCCGGCUGAUGACUUUGUCGCUCCUUCGGGUGAAACCGCCAAUACACACACUUCUACUGUCAUCUUUACCAACCUUGGUGCUUUCAAGAUGCACGGUACCUAUGCGCAGCCUCACACGACUGUCACGCACUACCUUGACUUGGCGGAUGAUAAAGGUCUGGUCCUUAUGCAUGGCCAGGUCAUGCCGGACAGUGGAGUCUCUAACGCGGACGCUACCUGGUUGAUUAGCUGUCUGCAGCGCUUCUAUGACUUUGAAGGCCAGGCUAAUGGCCGCAAGGGCGAGCUGGUGAGGAUGUUCACCCAGGGUGAUGUUGAGAACUUCAAGAUUGAGGAGCUGCUCGAGGAGAGUGAGAAGAUCCACUAG